GUCGCAAAUAGUUAGAAGGCAAGAUGGUUCCUUCCAUGAAUUCAGCUGGGAAAACGCUUCUUUUCCACACGUGGUGACACCCGCCGAUGGAGUACAAUACUGUGAAAUCUGAUAUGUGAUAGGCCUUAAGAAAGAUUAAUUACGGAAUUCUGUAGCGUACAGGAUGGCCACUGGAACAGAAUACAUUCGGGAUGAGUUCGGAAAUUAUGUCAAUGGAUGGCUAUUGUUUGCUGAAAUCCCUCUUCUGGCUGAGCAUGCAUCAUGGCUUGAAACCACGUGCACUUUUCAUUGCUGCUAGUCAACGACCAGAUGGCAGCUGGAGAAAGCCUCGUCGUGUGAAAGAUGGCUAUGUCCCCCAAGAUGAAGUCCCUUUGUAUGAGAGCAAAGGGAAGCAAUGGGCUAAAUCCAAGCCAGAUUACCCUAUUGGAUUGGCUCCAGAAGAUGUGGAGAAACAUAGAGCAGCUAAAUCAACCUUUUCAGCUGAUGACCUGAAGAUUGAGUACUUCCAACUUCCCACCACUACACCUCCUAUACCUGGGCUCCCCAUCACAGAAGCUCCAUCCCAACCAGGUCAAAUUUCCAAGUCUGCCAAGAAGAAUGCCAAACGCAAGGAAAAGAAGAAAGUUGCAGCUGCCACAAGUGCUGCUGCUGUCACAGCUGCAGCAAUUGGUGACUCCCCAGCAAGCUCUAAGUCUUCAGUCUCAGAUUUUGCCAUCAUGGGCCUGGAUGCUGAAUUGGACAAGCUAGAACUUGGAAGUGAUGAUGCUUCUCCUGAAUCGUACACCAAGCGGCUCCGAAACUUGCGCAAGAAACUGCGGGACAUUGAGGCAUUGGAGAGGCGUCUUACCAGUGGAGAACUCCCAAGCGCCGACAAGGACCAGCUGGAGAAAGUGAAGAGAAAGGAGCAGGUUGUGAAAGAGAUUGCAAUGACAAGGUCACAUUCGGGCCUGCGGGAUAUGUUUCGUGCAGCUGCGAGGCACAUCCAACGUCUCAUGUUCAUUGGCAUUGAUCCCAGCCUGUCUCGAACAACCAUCCCACCAACAUUUGGGGCACGGCGAGAUCUCAUCUCUUCUUUGUACGAUUGCGCCUACCAGGCAUCUCCACAUCUUGAUGCAAGGGUGCUCCUUGGCCCUCUGAAGCAUCCAGGUCAGGCACUUAACCUGCGUUGUCCUGUGGAGGUGGUCCUCUUUGAUACUGGCUACUCUGAAGAUUUCAUGAAGAAGUACAUUGAAGCUCAAAUUCCAAAUCGGGAUCCUGGAUGUCGCAUAUUGUCUCUGGACGUUCUCUCGCACGAUUCCAGUGCACCUGGGACCCUGAAGGAUAGUCCCUCUGUGAAACCCAAGGAGAAAUUUACAUCCUUUGACCAUGUGGUGGUGGGUGGGACAUUCGAUCGUCUGCAUCAUGGCCACAAGAUCUUCCUCUCUGAAGCCCUCCUGCUGACAAGGAAAAUCCUCACAGUUGGUGUCGCUGAUGGGCCUCUCAUCCAGAAUAAGAAGCUGAUGGAGCUGAUAGAACCAUGCAAUACGAGGAUCGAGAAGUGCCUGGUGGUAAGCGAGGAGACUCUGCGAGGUGGGGAGAAGUUGAAUGUCAUGAGAAGGGAAGCAGGUCUGCCAGAGAUGGCCCUCCAUGUGGUGACUCUUGUCCCAGAGACCCAGCAGCAGAGUGCAGAGGAGGAGGAGAAGAUAAGCAGCUCCUCCAUCCGCAUGCGGCUCCUUGGAACUCCCCUCCGUCCUUCUAAGUGCCUGGUGGUAAGCGAGGAGACUCUGCGAGGUGGGGAGAAGUUGAACGUCAUGAGAAGGGAAGCAGGUCUGUCAGAGAUGGCCCUCCAUGUGGUGACUCUUGUCCCAGAGACCCAGCAGCAGAGUGCAGAGGAGGAGGAGAAGAUAAGCAGCUCCUCCAUCCGCAUGCGGCUCCUUGGAACUCCCCUCCGUCCUUCUAAGCCAAAGCCAAAUCUUCCCAAGAGGCCUCUCGUCAUCGGACUGACGGGAGGGAUCUGCAGCGGCAAGACCAACAUCUGCAGGAAGUUGGAGGAUCUCGGAGCAGGGAUCGUGGACUGCGAUGCCCUGGGACACCGGGCUUAUGCCAAACAGACCUCGGCAUAUCACAAAGUCCUAGAUGCGUUCGGAAGGGACAUCCUGGAUGGAGAUGGGAACAUCGAUCGCAAGAAACUCGGUGCCAAGGUUUUUGGGAACAAGCCAAAGCCAAAUCUUCCCAAGAGGCCUCUCGUCAUCGGACUGACGGGAGGGAUCUGCAGCGGCAAGACCAACAUCUGCAGGAAGUUGGAGGAUCUCGGAGCAGGGAUCGUGGACUGCGAUGCCCUGGGACACCGGGCUUAUGCCAAACAGACCUCGGCAUAUCACAAAGUCCUAGAUGUGUUCGGAAGGGACAUCCUGGAUGGAGAUGGGAACAUCGAUCGCAAGAAACUCGGUGCCAAGGUUUUUGGGAACAAGGAGGAGAUGGCUCGCCUGACGGGGAUCGUGUGGCCGGAGAUCCAGAAGAAGGCGAUGGAGAGGAUCCGAGAGUUCGGCGAAGAAGGGAAGGAGGUGGUGGUGUUGGAUGCCGCCGUCCUCCUCGAGGCCGGCUGGGAUGCCGUCUGCCAUGUCGUCUGGGUCUCCUUCGUGCCAGAGCAGGAGGCCGUGAAGCGCCUCGAGGCGAGAGACGGGGUGGACGCGGAGGCGGCCCGCCGCCGCUUGGCCUCCCAGUGGAGCAACCGGGACCGCAUCGCCCGGGCCGACGUCGUCUUCUCCUCCCUCUGGUCCUACGACUUCACUCGCGGGCAGACCUCGGCAUAUCACAAAGUCCUAGAUGCGUUCGGAAGGGACAUCCUGGAUGGAGAUGGGAACAUCGAUCGCAAGAAACUCGGUGCCAAGGUUUUUGGGAACAAGGAGGAGAUGGCUCGCCUGACGGGGAUCGUGUGGCCGGAGAUCCAGAAGAAGGCGAUGGAGAGGAUCCGAGAGUUCGGCGAAGAAGGGAAGGAGGUGGUGGUGUUGGAUGCCGCCGUCCUCCUCGAGGCCGGCUGGGAUGCCGUCUGCCAUGUCGUCUGGGUCUCCUUCGUGCCAGAGCAGGAGGCCGUGAAGCGCCUCGAGGCGAGAGACGGGGUGGACGCGGAGGCGGCCCGCCGCCGCUUGGCCUCCCAGUGGAGCAACCGGGACCGCAUCGCCCGGGCCGACGUCGUCUUCUCCUCCCUCUGGUCCUACGACUUCACUCGCGGGCAGGUGGAGCGCGCCUUCAAGGAUCUGGUCGCUUCCAUCAACCUCAGCCAGUUGUGAGGGGGGGGGCUUGAUGCCUGUGGUGUGCCUUGACAAAUAUGGCCUUGCAGGAAAUAUGAAUUUGGCGGGUUCUCAAUAUUUACGGCAGCUUAAGGCAGGGAUUACGAAAACGUGUGUUCGCUUUCUGUGAUUCUGGUGUUCAACAGAAGUACUUUAUUCAUUUUCAGAAGUUUUAUCCAACGUUUAUCUGUCAAGAUUAUGGUUAUUCUACAUAUAUACACUAUAGGGACCAACUAAAUAUGGAACUCGAGAUUGGGGGGGGAUAUCUGUCAUCGCUCAAUUCAAGGGGAAACGGAACUUUACAUCGAUGGG